AGGAGAGGUGUUCCUGGCUCAAAAUGCCCUUGCCUGAGCACUAAGAGCUUGGAGAGGCUAAGAGGAACUAGAGGGGAGCUAGAAAAGACACGCCGGCAGGUGCUGAGGGCAGGACAAGUGUGCAGCUUAGAGAUAGGUAGCUAUAAAGAAAGCUAAUUUGGGGAAGGCAUAGGCAAGAUAAAUAACAAAGAAAAACUAAUAAAAGAGACUGGUUAUUUUUAUUUUUUUAUUUUUUUGGCUGGAGGCUACUUCUUUUUGAGAAAUUAUUUUUCCAGCCUGAUUCAUUUUCCUCUGCACGGAUUCUCCUCCUCUUCUUCUUCUUGUUCUUCUUCCUGCUCUCCUCUCUGAUAGACAAACGCCAUGGAAACUGGGAGCCCCAGAAAGAUUCAGUUCACCGUCCCCCUGCUGGACACCCACCUGGACCCAGAGGCAGCCGAACAAAUCAGAAGACGUAGACCCACACCGGCCACUCUGGUGGCAUCCAGUGAUCAGUCCUCACCUGAAAUAGAUGAAGAUCGACUCCCAAACCAGUUGUAUAAGGCCGCCCUGUUGAACUCCCCACGACAACGAAGAAAAGGACAAAAGGGGACACCAACAAUGAAAGAGCUGCAGUUUCUUGUAGAACAUCACCUGUACAGGCAGCAGCAGGGAGCUGGAGACGAGUGCUCCUCAGAGAGCUGUCUGUCUGACCGGCCCAGCCCCGACUCCGUUCCCACUGGGGAGGAACUCCCACACGAUGACGACGCCACAGCAGAUGCCUUUGAAAAACUGCGCUGCCAAAUGGAGGAGUUCUCCAGGGAGAGUCUAUUAGAUGCUGGCGGUGAACUUGAGCGCCCCCUCUCCAAGGAGAAAAACGACUGUUCCAGCGUGGCCAGCGUAGCAGAACCCUCGGCCCAAAAAGGAAACGCACAAACAGACACAAAGCCAGGAGCAUCCAGUGUGAAUCAGCCGUCAGAGAAGAAGACAAAGAAAGACAGCCUGGAGACAAAGAAAUAAAGACGUCUGUGCAGCCAAAUGUUGUCCAGUCUGCUCAGUCAGCCCAACUCAGUGACAAAGGAUUGUCUGUGCAGAGUCAGAAGAAUCAGGAUAUCUCUCUCCCUCUGCAGCUGGGCCUACUUCUGCAUUUAUUUGUGAAAAAACAUUCAGUUUAAAAAGACCCAAAAGUAGACCAAUUUUUUUGUUGUUGUUUUCUUAAUCAUUUAUGCUGCACUGAUUUGAAACUAGUCAUCUGAGAGGAUAAAUCUGGGAUUCAGUAACACAAUCAUAGUCAUACUCAACGCUGAAUAUUCCCUUUAUUGAUUGGGAAACAACAAGCAUAGCACUUGAUAUCCUUUUAGACAUGUUUUACUUAGUGAAGAUGUGGUAUUUGUUCUGCACUGCGAGGUUCACUUUAGGUCAGUAAAAUGGAUCAGCACAUCACAAACAACUGGGGGUAGUGAAAAGAUCUGAAAUUAAAUCCCAAUUAGGAGCUUAAUCCCUAACUGUGUGGGUAGAAUAUGUGUGCUGAGCAAAACAUUCACAUGAAAUGCAUAAUCACAUAAAUAUGUAUGUGCCACCUAAAUCAUCAGCUCUAAGUCUUGAAAUUAAAAACUGCCUGAACACUUGGUCACAUACUGAAUAACUCAAAAAUCGGGCCAAAAUUAAUCGACUGCAAUAAAUUCACCAACAACACAACAGAAUACCCAAAUGUUUUUGGUCAUUAGAGCGAAUUAUGCACUGCGGCAAACCUGCAGCAAAAAACUGCACACACUUUAUGUGUAGUAAUGAUUUUCUCAAUCACACUUUAAGUUUAAUUUGAUAUUUGUUUGUAGACUAAUUGACCAUUAUGUAGCAAAGCAUGCAUAAAUAAUUAUGCGUUUUCAUAUUAAUGACAUAAUCAGUUUUACCCUCAAAAGCUAUGGGAAAUAUUGACUUAUUAGACAAAAGUAAAACAAUGAGAAAUCAUUAAAGAAAAAAGAAAAUCUUUAUCUUUGCUUCAUUUAAAACAUGUUUAACACCAGGUUAAAAAGUUUGAAGAAAAAGACCCCUGUCUACAUUAUUUGCGUUUAACCUUACUGCUAUUUUUUUUCUCCAGGGGUAACUCACCUCAUGUAUCUCUUCUAUGUUUCAAGUACGUUUUUCAUCACUAAGCUUUUACAUUGUCAUAGAUAUUUGUCGGAUAUAGUUAUGCCACUAUUUGUAGGCUUUGGUUUUUGACCCAUAAUUAGCCAGUGCUUGCUUUAAAUCAGUGAAGCUGACAUGUUUAAGAAAAAAAAACAAAUUAUGAUAUUUUGUUAAAGAUUAUUACAGUACCAUUUCAAAAACAUACUAGUAAAAAAAAAGAUAAAAAUACUGGGAAUGUCCUGAUCAGGAUUUUGUUUGGCAUUAUCACAAUCUAAAUUAAGAAUACGCUGAUAAUGCCAGUGCUUGUAAACUUGAUAAAAUAACCCACUACACUACAGUUUUACAACUCACUGACCAACGACAUUCCAGAUGUUACAAGUUCUAUUUUUCUUCUCAUAUUCCUACUUUUCUUGAAAGUGAUAUUUUGACCAAACCAGAGUUUUAGCGGAACAGUGUCAAUAUGCUGCUCUAACACACAUCGAGUGGUUUAACAGAGCUACUCUAAUGUUCUGACAACACAUUGUUUCAUCAUUCCUUUCUAAAAAUGUAUCUGACUCGAUACAUACAGAAAGUUUUUAAUAAACGUACACCUUGCUCUUGUUGACAAUGUGUACAUUUAAGUUUUUUACUUAAGUGCUUCGCUAUCAUUAGUGUAUACACUGUUUUGAGAACUUAUGAACUCAUUGCUUAAUGCAGUUCCAGUAAUUUGUGCACAGACAAAACAAUAAAGCUUGCUCCUGACAACUUUUUUUGUUUUGUUUCAGACACUUACUACUUUGUUUUGCGUGUCCUACAUUUUAAUGAAAAGUGUUUAUGUAUGCUGUGUGCAGCUAUCCCCUGAACCGACAGCUGUCUGUGCAUAUGUAAGAAAUGGGGUAUAGCAAGCCGUCUGACACAGGCAGACAGGGAACCGCAGCUGCUCUGUCUUAAUUUAGGGUGAAAAAGUUAGAUUCUUAGUGGAAAGCUCAGAUUUGAUCAACAAAAUAAUGUGCACAGCUUAUAUUGUGUUUUACAAGUUGUAUGGAAGAAAAUAUGUUGCAGUUGUUAGAAAUUGGCCAUGGAAAUGCAGUCACACAUCUGGCUGGAAGUGUGACUAAAAUAAUAAUAGACAUUAAACUAUGUUUUGUCAAUGACUUUUAAUACCAAUCAUUUAAAAAUCCUAGGAUUAGAAUCAUGUGCUGAUGCCAGUGAUUGAAUCAAGACAUCUCUAGCAGAUACAAUGUGAGUAGCCGUAAAAAGGGGUUCCUGUUCUUACCAAAUAGAAAGACAGUUUGCAGUUUGAAUCUUGGCUCGGCAACCGAAGAGUUUUGGGGUGAAUACGGUUUUUGAUUACAUUUUAAUUGUUGAUUUUAAAUGGAACACCUGAGUUUGUACAUGUAUUUUCGUCUCUGCGUUAACCCUGUUAAGGGCUGGAAGCUUGCUCAGAGUAUAUCCCAUUCCUGCCUGGUGACUACUAGAGCACGCUCCAGCUCCCUCUCUGACAGAAAACUGACCAGAACCUAGAGAUAUUCUAAUUUUUGAAAAGGGUUACGAUUUUAUUAAGUGCACAAUUUCCAUGCAUGGACACCAUUAUAUGUUGGCACACCAUAUGGAGAGCAGUUUGGCCAUGAGGGUGUAAACAUGUGGCGGACAAGCAGAGUUCAUUACAGUGGGAUAUAUCAGCAGAUUAGUUUACAUAUUUUGGAUUAGCAGGGAAAAACUAAUCUCCACUGAGCAAAUUGCACCAUCAUUUUUAACACACGAAGGCUUAUUGGGAAUCUGAACCUGGGCCAUAUAUAAACAUCUUCUUGCAUGGCACUGAAUGUAAAGUGAUGACUUUUUUAGGUCUGAAUUUUACAUGGCUUUAUUUUAUACAGCAACCUGAACAUUUAAAUAUGGACUCACAUUGUGAUUAGUGCAUUCUCUGUAAAAUAUUCUUCUAGUUUUGUACGUGCUAAAGAAACAAUGAAGCAAUCACCACUUUUUGAAUUGUUCUCAUCACAUUCUGAGCUUUUUCUUUCACUGGAGUGGCAUUAUCAUGUAGAUUAUGCGACAAUCCUUCCAUAACCUUAACGUCUUGUUUGCCAUGUUUGAAAGAACGUGAAGAACAUAAAUGAAACGGAAAACAGAACCAAUUUAGUGAACAUAUGCAAAAAUGGUUAUUUUAUCCACAACACACAAGAAAGACCGUGAAACAUUCCUGUAAAAAUGUUUAUUUUUUUUCACCUCUCUAUUUAGGAGCCCUGUAAUGUUUGUUGUGUUUUUGAAUGGUAACAGUGUACUUUAAAUGAGUUAUAUCCUGUUUUACUUGAAUGGAUGGAUGAUUGUGUGUGUUAUCUACAUUUGUUUGAUACAAUAAAACGUUUAAGUUGAA